AUGGUUUUCUCCAGACAUAUGCUCAGGUGUGGGACUGCUGGAUCAUAUGAUAGUUCUAUUUAGUUUUUUAAGGAAGCUCUAUACUGUUCUCCAUAGUGGUUGUAUGAGCUGAGUCUUGAAUAAUAAAAGGGAUUUACACAGAGGAGAUAGUAAAACUAUAUAACACGGUAAUGGGUAUAUAAGUACUGAUCCAGAGUGGAAACUGGAUGGGACACUCAAGUGGUGUCCAGAGCCUGUGCUGUGCCAAGCAUUACUUCUUUAGAUAAGAGGUCAUAAGGCUAGGAGGGUCCCCAGAGGGGAGUGGGGUAGCAGGAGCACCCUGGAGUUAGAGGCUAGUUACAAACCAGAUUAUAAAUGUUCAACAUAUUUAAUUAGCCUAUACAACCGUGAUGGUACAUACCUACUAAAUAUGAGCCCCAGAGAAGAAUCUCCUGAAAUGGCCUUACUGUCUUCUGAUUUGUCAAAGCCACUGGGGCCUUCCUAGAAUGUGAGCUGCAGAACAGCAGAGGCUGUUCUCCAGGUGAGUGCUGCAUCCCUAAGGCCUAGAACCGUGCCUGGAGGACUGGAGGGGGCUCACCAAAUGUUAAGUGAAUAGGCAGACUGGGAACCCCCAGCCCAUUCUUGGGGUCCUCUCACUCUUCACCUCUUCACACCCAUUUUCCCCCUCCAAUCCAUGCUCCACACUACCCCACAACAUAACCUAGUGUGAGAUAUGGAUUCUGUCACUCUCCUGCUCAAAGUAUUUGAUAUCUCUCUUUUGCCCAGGAUCCCAUUUCCCCCACUUUUUUUUUUUUUUAAAAACCAAUUGAACUGCUACUUUUUUAAACCCUGAUCAGAUUUUGCCAACUUCUGUGUUACUUUCUGAGGAAGAAUUCAUCUCUCUCCUCCAAAUAUUAUGAUAGUUUUGCCCUCACUCACCAGACAGUGAGCUCCUCAGGACAGGGACUGUGUCUUGUUUCCAUACCUCUAGCCUGACAUAUGCUAUGCUAUGCUAUGCUAAGUCACUUCAGUCGUGUCCGACUCUUAGCGACCCCAUGGACUGCAGCCUACCAGGCUCCUUCAUCCAUGGGAUUUUCCAGGCAAGAGUACUGGAGUGGGGUGCCAUUGCCUUCUCCGGCCUGACAUAUGGUAAAUGCUAAAUAAAAAGAAGAGCGAAAGGCAUUCCCAGCAGCGAGAAAGAGAUGAACAAAAGUGGUCAAGGUUUGGAUAAAAAAUGGAUAGUUUAAUUUGGCUAGAAUAUGAAGGAAAGUAGUAGGAGAUAAAAUGGAAAAGUCUCUUGGGUAAGAUUUUGAAGGGACCUGAUGGAAGAUACUUUGCAGAGUGUGGGAAGCCAAUGAAGGUUUUUGAGCAGAGGUGUAAUACGAUGAAUAUUACAUUCAAUUUUAACCCAUCAGAGACUCAUGAAUAUAUGCAGCUGUCCAUUCAUAUUCAAAUUCACAUCCCACCUAUCCAUCCAUCCACUCUCCCACCCCCAGACUCCCCCAGGAGCUUUCCCUACCCCUUUACCUGCUCCCUAGCCCAGCCAGGGAUGUAUAUAUGGGCAGCUUCCCCUCUCAGCCAGAGGAUGUGGGGGCCCCAGCUGCCUGGGGCUGGGAAGCAAGCCAGGGUUAGCUGAAGCUGGCUGACUAGCAGUCGGGCGGUGCCAGGGAGAACCUGUAUAGUGCCAGGUGGUGCCUUGGGUUCCAGGCUGAGCCCAUGACCCCGAUAACCUUCUGGCUGGGCACAUACCUGCCCCUCACUCCACCCCAUUCCCAUCUUGCUAUCAGGGAGGGGGCACAGGGCCAGUUAGACCCACAGGACUUUGGCUCCAUCUCCAAAAGGCCCUUCUGUGAGUCAGCUUGCUCCCCUCCAGGCUUGCUCCUCCCCCACCCACCUCCUGUUUCCUAUGCACGUACAGCCCGUACACACCGUGUCCCAGGACACCCCACAGUCAGCCGCAUGGCUCCCCUGUGCCCCAGCCCCCGGCUCCCUCUGUGGAUUCCGGCCCCUGCCCCAGGCCCAGCUGUGCAAUUGCUGCUGUUACUGCUCCUUCUGGUGCCUGCCCAUCCCCAGAAGCUGCUCUGGAUGCAGGGUGCUCCCACCACGGGAGGAGAUUCAUCUGGAGAAGAUGAUCCACAUGGUGAGGAGGACCUGCCCAGUGAAGAGGAUAUACCUGAAGAGGAGGACUCACCUGAAGAAGAGGACCUACCUGGAUUGAAGACAGACCCAGGAGAAGAGAAUUCUCUGAAGUUAGAGGAUCUACCAACUGUUGAGGCACCCAGGGACACUGAAGGCCCCCAGAAUAACGCCCACAGAGAUGAAAAAGGGGAUGGCCACAGUCAUUGGCGCUAUGGAGGCGCUCCGCCAUGGCCCCAGGUGUCCCCAGCCUGCGCUGGCCGCUUUCAAUCCCCGGUAGACAUCCGCCCGGAGCUCACUGCGUUUUGUCCAGCCCUGCGACCCCUGGAAUUCCUUGGCUUUGAGCUCCCGCCACAACCAAAACUGCGCCUGUGCAACAACGGCCACACCGUGCAGCUGAGUCUGCCUUCCGGGCUGAAGAUGGCCUUGGGUCCCGGGCAGGAGUACCGGGCCCUGCAGUUACAUUUACACUGGGGGGCCGCGGGUCGCCCGGGCUCGGAACACACGGUUGAUGGUCACCGUUUUCCUGCCGAGAUUCACGUGGUUCACCUCAGCACUGCAUUUGAGGAAUUUGACGAGGCUUUGGGGCGCCCAGGGGGCUUGGCCGUCUUGGCCGCCUUUCUGCAGGAAGGCCCAGAAGAAAACAGUGCCUAUGAACAGUUGCUGUCACGUUUGGGAGAAAUCACCGAGAAAGACUCUGAGACUUGGGUCCCAGGACUCGAUGUAUCUGCACUGCUGCCCUCUGACCUCAGCCGCUACUUCCGAUAUGAGGGGUCUCUCACCACACCCCCCUGUGCCCAGGGGGUCAUCUGGACUGUGUUCAACCAGACAGUAAAGCUGAGUGCUAAGCAGCUCCACACCCUCUCUGACUCCCUGUGGGGACCUGAUGACUCUCGGCUGCAGCUGAACUUCCGAGCUACGCAGCCUUUGAAUGGGCGAAUAAUUGAGGCCUCCUUCCCCGCUGGCGUGGAUGGCAGCCCUAGGACUGUUGAACCAGUCCACCUGAAUUCCUGUCUCGCUGCUGACAUACAAGUGAGACCAAAGGGAGUGUUAGCUACCACCCAGCAGAGGUCACCGAGACUGUUGCCUAGAGGCCUGCCACUUGGAGAAUACGCAGAGAAGCUGGUCAGAGGAAUCCGAGGGGCAGCUGAAGACUGUCCUGUUCAUUACACCACUUCCUUUUAAACCUCCAAAGAUAUUUUUAAAAAUGAAUAUUUCUAAUAAAACCUGUGGAAAGCAAA